GUUGCACAGCCUGAAACACUUUAACCGAGGACAGGCAGAAUGUGCGACUGCAGACGUGCAUGCAGUCAAACAGUGAUACAGGAGGGACAGAGGGAGAGACAAUAACUGUGAAGCAGAGGGAGUCUUUUAUGUCCUCUGGAUUGGAUGCUGAGAGCAGUAAUCCUCUUUGGGGGGGAAAAAAACUGCAUACUGGGUACAGAGCACAAGGUAGAAGAGUGAACUCUUCUGCUUUCCGUACUUUCUGUGUGAUUUGAGGGCAGGUGCAAGCCGUAUCAUAUAUACAAGCACUCUUGAUCCUAACAAAUGUGAAAGACAGAAGAGGGACAGUUUGUUUAUUUAGUUGCACCUUCUUCCUGUUUGUCUUCUUUUUUUCAUCUGAGAGGAACACAGUGUCCUUUUCCAAAAUAGAGUUUGAGUUGCAACUCUGGAAGCACAGGCAGAGGGACUCUCUAUGGUGAAGAUGAGUCUGGACCCCAUACAGGUGAUGAGUGGACAGGUUAAAGAGCUCAAAGUUUCCCCUUCAUCCAACGGAGACACCAGAGGAUCCUGGGAGGAGAAAGAGGUGUUUGACCCAAACCAGCUGGACCGAACUGCCAAACCAAAGCCGCCGAAGCCAGAGAACGCCGUGACUGUAGCCGUUUCUUCCCGGGUCUUGUUUCGGACCGAGCGGGAGCAGAGGGUGUUUGAGCAGAAAGGAGUGGAGGAAUAUCUGAGAUACCAAAUCGAGCACGAGAACGAGCCCUUCGCUCCGGGGCCCGCUUUCCCCUUUGUCAAGGCUCUGGAGACAGUAAACGCUCGUCUGAGGGACCUCUACCCCCAGAGUGAAGAGCUGUUUGACAUCGUAUUGGUGACGUACAACCACGCCCAUGUUGGGAUCCGGCUCAUCAACACCAUCAAUCACCACAACUUAUUUAUCGAGAGGUUUUGUAUGACCGGAGGAAGCAGUCCGAUUGGUUACCUGAAGGCCUGGCAGACCAACCUCUACCUGUCUGCAGACGCUGAGAAGGUCAGGGAGGCGCUGGCUGAAGGGAUCGCUGCUGCGACAAUGUUCUUUACAGACAAGAUCACAGAGGUGUCCGAGUCUCAGCUCAGAGUGGCAUUUGAUGGGGAUGCCGUCCUGUUCUCUGACGAGUCUGAGCGCAUUUUCAAAACCCACGGGCUGGACAAGUUCUUCGAACAUGAGAGGGAAAACGAGGACAUACUCCUGGAUCACGGCCCCCUGAAGGGCUUCCUGGAGGCUCUAGGGAAGCUCCAGAAGAAAUUUUAUGCCAAAGGCCAACGCCUGGACUGCCCCAUCCGCACAUACUUGGUCACGGCUCGCAGCGCGGCGAGCUCAGGGAUCCGAGCGCUGAAGACGCUCAGGGCCUGGGGGCUAGAGAUUGAUGAGGCGCUGUUCCUCGCCGGCGCCCCCAAGGGCCCCAUGCUGGAGAAGAUCAGGCCACACAUCUACUUCGACGAUCAGAUGUUUCACGUGGAGGGAGCGGCAGAAAUGGGCACGGUGGCUGCACACGUUCCGUAUGGGAUCGCACAAAAAUACAGCAGGCAGCAGAAUUCGAGCACAGGAAAGUAAAGAAUAAAAAAAGAGAAAAACUAAGAACUUUAGAUGACAGCAGAAAAGAAGGGAGAAACAUCUUCGAGUGGAAGAGAAGCUUAACUUAUACUGUUAAAUGUUCCUACUUUAUAUGGGCUGAGGUCAAGGAGAGGUCUGGAACCUGAGCUGACCUGAAAGCCAACAUGACUGUCCCCUAUAAAGAUGAAAGCCUUAUAUGCUGUUUGCUAGAGGGUUUUAGGAAAGCCUGCCUCUUAUAGGACAGCGAGGGUUAAUUCACCAUUACUCUUUAAAACAAAAGCUUAACUGACUCCAAUACACUGAAUGUAGAUGAACUAUAAGCACAAACCAGACGUAUUAUAUACAGGGUAAACCUAUGAUAGA